CGCAACCCACCUGUACCACUUGGAUAGUGCCGAUCCGACGCACAGUAUGCCUAUAAGGCCCAUUCGAGAAACACUUACGAGAGCGAGCCGUGCCGCACGGCAAACGAGCGAGCGAGCGGAAACUCGAUCCAAGUGGGACCGUGGAAAAUAAAUGUGCAGAAGUGGGGGCCGAUUCAAGAAUCGACGUGGACACCCUCACCUACCAAAGUCAUUCACCUAACGGUCAUCGGCGCGUCAAGAGUCUUCAUUUUCUUCCGUUAUCCGGUCGCACCAGUCGCGAGAAUUUGCACUCGCCGUCGUCGGUUCGCGACCUUUUGCACGAAACUAGUCGCGGCAAGGUGCAAUCAAGAGGCACAGACUGGUGCGGUUCAACUUGACGUUCAAACUGUUGGAUGUUGUUAAUAGUGAUUUCUCUUCGAUGUCGAGCGGAUGUCUUUUCGCAAAAAUUUGACACAUUAUAAUAACAGUAAGAGACCUUACUUAGAGAUGUAUACAUUGUGGAAAAUAUCCUGCUAAGUGUUGAUCGACUGUGGAAUUUGGUGUCGUGUUGCUCUUAUCUGUGAUCCCCUAAGGACAAUGAACAACAAUUGUCGGUGUCUUGUGUCUUGUCAAAUGCGAAUGUUGAGGUGACCAGUGGCGAAGAGCGCCACUUUCUGGAAGACUUGGCUUCGAAAAUUAGUAGUGAUUCAGAAUAGAAUCCGGCUAAGCCAAAUCAAUGCUGAAUGCUGUUUACAUCUGCCGUUGAUUCAUCGCAACAACAAAAAUGAACCAACAGUGCAAGGUAUGCGGCGAACCAGCGGCUGGCUUCCACUUUGGCGCGUUCACCUGCGAGGGCUGCAAGUCAUUCUUUGGGCGCUCAUACAAUAACCUGAAUAGUAUCGCCGAAUGCAAGAAUGGUGGCGAGUGCGUGAUAAACAAGAAAAAUCGUACCGCGUGCAAAGCCUGUCGCUUAAGAAAAUGUCUCCACGUCGGCAUGUCCAAGUCUGGUUCACGAUACGGCCGCAGAUCAAACUGGUUUAAAAUUCACUGUCUCUUACAGCAGCAACAACAACAACAAAUAGAACAACAACAACAGCAGCAGCAGCAACAACAUCAUUAUCAGCCGGCUAUUAUCAGUCGACAACAGUUGCCGCAUCAGCUCUCGCAACAGCAACCAACGAGCUCUCCUAUUCAUGGUAGCCAACGCAAAGACGAAACCAUGAUGCUCAGUCUAGACGAUUACAAGAAUUCGAACUCGCCUAGCAUCAGCUCGCCUGAGUCUCACAAUAGCGAUAGCUCCGUCGAGGUCUCCGAGAAGAGAGCGGUUUUCAUCGGACACCCGAGUUUCCGACCACUGCACCCGUCAUUGCAGUUGCAGCAGCCCGUGGCUGAUCUAUCCGUCUUGAGCAAGGAAAUGAUAAGUCUAGCAAAUCCACUGGGCUUUUCACUUGGUAAUAUGUCGCUACUGCCAUCGGCCUUUCUGCAGCCGCCCGGUCUUACCAUGUUUUCCCCUUACGCUCAUAUCUACGCGUCGCAUCACGGUGCGUCCCAUCCUCUCGUGACGAAUCACUCAUCCAGCAUGUUGCGGCGUUCCCCGGUGCCGACGAACGAUGAGAACGACAGUCCUGCGACAUCCACCGUGACAGCAGCAUCGACGACGGCGACGAUCGGAUCAAGAGUCUCGACUAUCAACGAGAAUGAUUUUUGCGAAAGAAACAAUAAUAACGAUCGAUUUUGCUUGGACACGGUUCUGAAGAGCGAAAGAACAUUGUCGGAAAGAUCACCGACUCCGAAGGAAGUGCGAACUUCCGAGGACGAAUCGUUCGAAUGCAGUUCGGAACGAGAAGACGUCUGUCAACCGCUACAGGAUAAUCCAAUGGAUCUUUCCAUGAAAACCAUCGCGAUACCUGUAAACAAUAAUUUGCAAGAUGAUGAAAUAGAAAACGCCAGCGACACAGAGAGUUCGUCUGCGAAAAAACCAAUAGAUUUAACGACGAGAUCCUAAAGUUUAAAAGAAAUUUUAUUAAAAAAAACGAGAACGCUUAAAAAUUGGAAAAUAAAGAUUUAUUUGGUCUUAAUUUCGCUAUUGUGUAAGAUGACUCAAUAGGAACAAGAUAUCUAAAUAUCUCCAUUGCAAUCGAAAAGUGAAAAAAAUAUCUGUCCAAGUCGAAAUUUUGCUCCUAUUUUUCAAUUUAAAAUUUUUCACAUUUAUUCUAAAGGAUGUCAAUAGAUUUUAAUUUAUACAGAAGUUGAACUCUCCCUCCUACUUUGUACUUUAAAUAAGGUAAGUGAACAGUUUCCCA